AUGGCGGCGUGGCUAUACCAACCUGUUGUGUUCAUGUCCAGCCGCGAAUUCGACUGUGAAGGAUUCACACCCGAGCAAUGUGCAUUCUACAAACAUUGGCAUAAUUGGUAUAUCGCCGACUGGGCGUUUGCGCUGCCAACUGUGGCAUUUUUCAUGACUGGGAUUGGCAUCUUCAUCAUCGGCUACGUCCUCACCCAAUUGCUCGCUCUAUCGCGCCGACCUGGGCUUCCUAUGUGGCGAAGAGUGAUUGCCGCAACUCGAUACUUGUCGUAUCGAGGGUUUCAUGUCAAGUCCAUGGGGUGGAACUCUGCUCCUAUCGGAGUGCUUUUUCUAGGAGUUGUAGCCACCAUAUAUUUCUUCUGCAUGGAAUUGGUCCCGUCUCCCUACUAUUGGCCCGGUCCCGAUACGGUCUGGGGCAACUCACCUCCUCUGGGUACCAGGUCUGGCUGGCUGGCUUUGGCAUGUAUGCCAUUCCUCUUUGCGACCGCGAGCAAGUCGAACUGGAUCACACUGGUGACAGGGGUUGCACAUGAGAAACUCCAGAUCUUUCACAGGUGGAUCGCAUAUGCCUUUAUGGUCACUGCGCUGAUGCAUACAUUUCCCUUCAUUGUUUGGCACAUCCACAACCACGAUAUGGUCAAUCAGUUCUGGGUGAGCAACAUCUUCGAAUACUGGACCGGCAUUGUCGCUCUCCUGUUUCAGGCGUGGCUCACUUUCGCAUCCUGGGGCCCGAUCCGAAACUUGGGCUACGAAUUCUUCAAAGCUGCCCACCUCUUCUCCGCCGUCGUGUUCAUGGUCGUUUUUUUCUGGCACUGUGGCGGUACGCUCACAUCAUGGAACUACUUUGUGGCAACGGCAGCAAUCUACGUACCUUGUUGGACGUACCCGUGGCUCCGAACACUGUUCGAAUACGGCACUGGUCAAAAGGCACAAAUUGUCGUCGAGGACAACGACUUCAUCCGCGUCACUAUACCUGCCCGCUUCCACUGGCAGCCCGGCCAACACUGUUUCUUGAGAUUCCGCAGCUUCGGUCUUAGCGCUCUCACGUCUCACCCUUUCACCAUCUGUUCGCUACCGUCGACAUCGCCGGAUAGGGCAUCCGAGAUUGUUUUCUAUAUUCGCCCGCGCAGCGGCUUUACAGGAAGGCUCUAUAAAUUUGCGAUGGCGAAUCCAGGUGUACAGGUACCAGUGUUUGUGGACGGUCCGUAUGGAGGUAUUGACAAUCAGAAAUACUUCAGCAGCGAUCGUCUUAUUGUGGCUGCUGGUGGCUCUGGUGCCGGGUGGAUGCUCCCGUUCGUUGAGCAGUUUCUACACUACAUUUCACUUGCAGAGCCUCAGAAUCCCCAAGCUUCUGAAAAGGAAAUGCGCGAGAGCACACAAGCUUCCGACGAGCCGACUCGACAAGGGGUCUUGCGUGGACCUCAAUCUUUGCGUGUUAUACUGGCAACACGAGACAUGGCAACCCGUACAUGGUUCCACUCUGCCUUGAACAAUUUACUCUCAACCUACAAGUCACCGGGGUUCACUUAUGAUUUGAGCGUCGAAGUCCAUUUGACUGGAGAGGCCGACCGGAUCCUGCUACCUCCAAUCAAGGCUGGCUCCGAUCCAGAGAGACCCGACUCUUCAUUGGAAAAGGAAACCCCUAGUACGCAAGGUCAGGAUGGGCAAGAAGCACCUGAUACAGUUGAAGUGCCAGAAGAAACGCGCGGUCGUCCCGAUCUACCGGCGAUCAUUCGGGAGGAGGCGUCGGCAGCGGCAAGCACAGGGCGAACAGUCGGCGUCUUCGUCUGCGGACCGCUUGAGAUGCAGGACGAUGUGCGCAAUGCCGCAGCGGCUGAAAACUUGAGGCUCUUGAAGAACCCGAGACCGGGUGGGAUGUACUUGCAUCUCGAGCAUUUCUCGUGGGCAUAG